CGCAGCUCCGUCCGCCUGGCUCUCGGUACUAACUGCCGAUAUUUGAAGUUCUUACAACAUGGCAGACAUUGACAACAAAGAACAGUCUAAACUUGAUCAAGAUUUGGAUGAUGUUGAAGAAGUGGAAGAAGAAGAAACUGGUGAAGAAACAAAAAUCAAACCGUGUCAGCUGAUUGUUCAGAUGAUGCAAAAUCCUCAGAUUCUUGCAGCCCUUCAAGAAAGACUUGAUGGUCUGGUAGAAACACCAACAGGAUACAUUGAAGGCUUGCCUAGGGUAGUUAAAAGACGAGUGAAUGCUCUGCAAAACCUUCAAGUCAAAUGUGCACAGAUAGAAGCCAAAUUCUAUGAGGAAGUUCAUGAUCUUGAAAGGAAGUAUGGUGUUCUCUAUCAGCCUCUAUUUGAUAAGCGGUUUGAGAUCAUUAAUGCAAUUAAUGAACCUACAGAAGAAGAAUGUGAAUGGAAACCGGAUGAGGAGAAAAAAGAUGAAGUAAAAGAAGACCCUAAGGGAAUUCCUGAAUUUUGGUUGACUGAUUUUAAGAAUGUUGACUUGCUCAGUGAUAUGGUUCAAGAACAUGAUGAACCUAUUCUGAAGCACUUGAAAGAUAUUAAAGUGAAGUUCUCAGAUGCUGCCCAGCCUAUGAGUUUUGUCUUAGAAUUCUUAGAAUUUCACUUUGAACCCAAUGAAUAUUUUACAAAUGAAGUGUUGACAAACACAUAUAGAAUGAAGUCAGAACCACAUGAUUCUGAUCCCUUUGUUUUUGAUGGACCAGAAAUUAUGGGCUGUACAGGGUGCCAGAUAGAUUGGAAAAAAGGGAAGAAUGUCACUUUGAAAACCAUUAAGAAGAAGCAGAAACACAAGGGACGUGGAACAGUUCAUACUGUGACUAAAACAGUUUCCAAUGACUCCUUCUUUAAUUUUUUUGCCCCUCCUGAAGUUCCCGAGAGUGGAGAUCUGGAUGAUGAUGCUGAAGCUAUACUUGCUGCAGACUUUGAAAUUGGUCACUUUUUACAUGAACGUAUUAUCCCAAGAUCAGCGUUAUACUUUACUAGAGAAGCAAUUGAAGAUGAUGAUGAUGAUUAUGAUGAAGAAGGUGAAGAAGCAGAUGAGGAAGGGGAAGAAGAAGGAGAUGAGGAAAAUGAUCCAGACUACGACUCAAAGAAGGAUCAAAACCCAGCAGAAUGCAAGCAGCAGUGAAC